AUGGCGUCAAGGUUCCCGAUUCAGUCGCCGCGCAAAGCAACCCCAAGUCCACACAACCCUAAAAAAAAGAGACAAAUGUUUGACGAAGCAAGUGAUUCAGUUGCGAUGAGCAGUUUGGUUCGAGCAAUGGCCAGCCUCCGCAAAGAAUCGCCGUCGACGAACGUGGCACUCGAACAUCCGGCGUUGCUCCGCCUGGAUCCUCGCAUCCUCACAACCAUCUUCGAGCAUGUAUUUCGACUCGCCGGUCCCAAUAAACGCGCCUAUCUCUAUCUUCACGAUCUCUUGGCUCCCCACCCUCUCGCGUACGUUUGCAGGCAAUUUGCAGAAGAAUGCCGGGCCUUGUAUGGCACUGUUCCUCUCCACAUUAGUCCGGCAUUGGGCGCCAUUGCGGAUACCGAGACUCUCGAAUGCUGUCAUGGUAUGCGAAUAGUCUAUGGAGACAAGGUGCCAGACCUGAGCAUAUCGGUAAGAGUGGUCCAGCAUGUUGAAUGGCGAAGCCCGGGCGAGCUAUUGGAGAGCAUUGUUCGUAUGCCAGGGAUCCAUGCCGCUAGCCAACUCUUAGUUCCGCGCAUCCAGGGCGGGACCGUGGCUUCAAUGUCUGUCAUUACUCCAACCACUCUCGCACGGAAGCUCGCAAAACUCAACAUCCACCCCCACGCCCGCUCCAAAUACAUCGCCAACUUCGCGCCGAUACACCACGCAAACCUGUUCGGAUGGUUGAAGCUCGCAAAGAUCGGGGUCGACAAUGUAACGAUCCGUAUCUUGGGCUGCGGCUUCUGGAUGGAUCGGUAUCCGUUCGCCUUUACCAUAGGCUACUACCGGGCGCUUCCUCUUGUAGCGCUCCUCGCGUCCAUCAUCGCCACCAAGCCACACUGGAUCAAGAAGAUAACCCUUGCUGGAGUAGGCGCUUUCCAGAACAUCCUGCAAGAGAUGUGGGCACAGAUCCCGAAUCGAACGCCGAUAACCGGGGUAAACCCCUUUCUCGACCUCCUCGUAAAGUAUCCGUUUGCAGACGAAUUCGACGGGAUAAAGGAGAUGUACUUCGACGGAGGCGGGAGUCCCAUAAUGCGGAAGCGGGAGGGAAACUUGUUCGGAUUGAGAAGUUCGAUGCAGUGGCAGGCCAUGAUCAUGCGGGCUAGACACGAUAGAAACCAGCCGGAGUGGAAGUUUACCGAGAAUGGUUGGGGCCGGUACAAGUGGUCUUGA